GGAAGUGAAAGUCCCAGAAGUGGUUUUGCUCUUUGAAUUUCUUACAUUGACUUUUGAGACGUAAAGUAGAAGGAACCUGACAUUCAAAGCAUCUUUGUGAAUUGUGUGUACGACAUUAUUGAAUGGUACAAAAUGAAUUUGGCCAAUUCUUGCAGUAGAGAAGAAAUCUCUUUGGAGGAUGUAGACAGAAUGAGCAUAGAGUACAGAGUGCUUGUAGCCUAUGCCCAACGCCGAUGGUCUGCUAGCGAAUAUGGACAACUUUUACAAAGGCAAGCAAAAGGCCUAGAGGGAUCAUCUCUAAGCAGUGAAGACAUGAAAGCAGCAAGACCAGCCAGUAAAGAAAAAACACAAGGUUUGUCUUCUGAGGAUCAAGAGCAGACUUCCCAGAAGAGGAGCAAGAAGAAAACGGAGAAGAAGAAGAAAUCCAAGUGGGAACGUCUUCUGUUUCCUUCUUGUCUAAAGGCCCAAACCAGAGAGAAGCCCAGGCAGAUACCAUCCAAAAGGAAUGGAGGUGUGAUCAGGUUUGAGGGAGGUGUUGGUAGUAAACCUCUCCUUACACACGAGAUAAAAAUUGGCAGCAAAAUGCCCAGGAUUUCCCUGGAAAAAGGUCUAAACCUUCAAGGCUUAUUAGUUAAGGAACAAGAGGAUACUAAGGAGGAUGGGGUAGACCAUUUACAAGAUGAUUUAUCCAUCACUCUGGUGGCAGAGCGACUUGCUGAGAUAGUUGAGAAUUCCAGGUCUGUGGAAGGAAGAGGACUGAAAACAUUUGUCCGUAUUCUGAGCAUAGAAGAAGAUGGUCCACAGAGCAGCAAGUCCAUAUUUGAGGAGGAUGGAAAAGAUAAUGAAGAAAAGGUAAUUGACACAAUAGUUGCCUUGUUAAGAAAAUCAGGAGAUGAACUGCAAAUAAAGAUGCAAAAGGAUAAGGCUUUUUCUCAGUGUGUCUCCGAUUUGAUGUCCUAUGCAUUCUUCAGAAGAGUAACUGACCAAUUCCUAGAGGAAGCUCCUGUAUCCUCCACAAUGGACCAAAUUCAGCGCACCAAGGUUGCUUUUGCUAUGGAGGUCGCAGCAAGACUCACUGCUGUGGACAUGCACCCUAUGAACAUUGUGCUGGGUUUUGGAGCGAGAUACCUCAAGGAAAACUUUAGCCCUUGGAUCCAUAGCCAAGGUGGAUGGGAAAAAGUUUUUGGAGUUCCAGACCAGGAAGAAGUAGAGUAAACAAAGAACAUGUUAUUUGGGAGACAUGUGGAUUACAAUGGUGGGAAGAACAUCCCCCCAAAGCUUUAAAAGAUCUUGUAUGAUGAAGACGUGGAGCUCUUCUGAUGCGGGAAUAUAUUCUGCAAAUCCUAGCAGGCUGUGAUAUGGACUGAGUGCCAGCUCCUGGCAUGGCUUCACAAAACAGGACAAAGUGGAAGAAUGAAAGGAGACCAAAUCACAUGUGCUAUAUGAUGUUCAAAAAUGUUCAUUUCUUAAGAAGCCUAGUAGGUUUUGGCCUGAAGACUAAAGCGUGUUGGGCUUUUUAAGAAAUAGGUUUUUGCCCAUCCUGUAGGAUGUGGGACUUUGUCUCUUUUCAUUUUUCUACUGUGAAAAUGUGCUUUCCAGUUUUUUGGGUUUGUUCCUUCAUGGUAAGACAAAGGCUGGGGUCCAUAGCCCAAAGAGAGGACACCAAGGAUGAUACUGCCACUCUCCUUUUUUCUUCUUUUCUCUCCACAGUGAGUCAGAUGUAUUACAUUUAUUGAAUGGAGACAGGGGCAGUGACUGCAGCUCCUGCAUUGUCCCUAGGUCCUGGCCUGAGCCAGCUUCAUGUCCUUCCACCUUACCUGAUAGUCUUAAUGGGAUGUGGGUGGCGGUGCUCAGCCAGACCCCAAGAAGUUAUGUCCAAGGCUGCCACCACUCAGGGCCUCCAAGAACCUGGUGACAGCCCCGCACUCCUAUGAUGGUCUAGCUCUUUUGCUUUACACAGCUUGGUAAUACAUUAUUUAAACAAAUAAAUGCUUUAAUAUGUCCUCAAGAGCUGUUUGUAAAGAUGUAAAUGAAAAAUAACAAAAUAAAA